AUGGCUCUGUCCCUGGCCAGCCAGUCGGUCCCCGGAGACGGCGGAGACUCGCUCGGGAUGAGCCCCGCCGGCCUCGCCUCCUACUACCCCUCUUUCCUCCCUCCCGCCCAUUACUUGGAGACGGCCCCCGACUACUUCCAGCCCCUGAAACCCCUGGGCGGGCUGGUUUCCCCCUCGCCGCCUCUGCCUCCCUUCACCUUCAGCAGGGUCCCCGCUUUUCUGAGCCAGCCUCUCCCCCUGCCCACCGACCCUUUUCCCAGCCUUCCUUUGCCUGUCUACACCAGCCCCUCGCACAGGGCUGCCCGCAGCCCGGGGACAGACGGGGCGCUGGGCCAGAGCUACAGGUACCACUUCACCGAGGAGGAGCUCAACGCGGUGCUGUACGGGACACUCCGGAGCGGCCAGCCCGCCGGGAAUCUCCACGCCAUCUCGGGGCUCCGGGUGUCCCCCUCCAGCUCUGGUAAGGGGAUAUUCGACGGCGAUGAGAGGAGCACAGGGUGGCACUCACUGGGCGGCAGGCAGGUCUCUCCUUGCAGCCAGAAGGGGUUCCUCUGCUGCAGGCGCUGCCGACUCCGCCGCCCCGCUGCUCGACCGGGACUCGCUGCAGCUCCCCGAAGGUAGGGCCCGGCCCGCCCGCGCUGCGCCCGCCCGCGCCGCGCCGCGCUCAGCCCCCUGUUACCCGCAGGGCUCUCGGUGCUGCGGGUGGCCUACGGGGACGUGUCUCAGCUCGGAGUCUUCUGUACCGACCCCAUCCCGAAAGGAGUCCGCUUCGGCCCUUUCCAAGGCAAAGUGGUCAACACGAGCGAGAUCAAGACUUACGACGACAACUCGCUGAUGUGGGAGAUCUUUGAAUACGGUGGCCUGAGCCACUUUAUAGACGGGAAGGGCACCGCUGGCAAUUGGAUGUCUCUGGUAAACUGUGCCAGGUUCCCCGAGGAGCAGAAUUUGACGGCUAUCCAGUGCCAGGGACAAAUCUUCUACGAGAGCUGCAAGGAAAUCUUCCCGAAGCAGGAGCUGCUGGUGUGGUACGGCGACUGCUACGUGCAAUUUCUCGGCAUCCCCAUCAGCUUGAAGGGCAUGGCAGAGGGGAAGAAACCCUCACAGCACCCCGAAGAAGCCGGGGAGAGCUUCAAGUGUGAGCGCUGCGGCAAAGUUUUUGCCUACAAGUACUACCGGGACAAACACCUCAAGUACACCCGCUGCGUGGACCAGGGGGACCGCAAAUUUCCUUGUCACCUUUGUGACCGGUCCUUUGAAAAAAGAGACAGGCUGAGGAUCCAUAUUCUCCACGUUCACGAAAAGCACAGACCUCACAAGUGCUCUGUGUGUGGGAAGAGCUUUUCUCAAUCCUCCAGCCUGAACAAACACAUGAGGGUUCACUCCGGGGAGCGCCCCUACAAAUGUGUCUACUGCAACAAGGCGUUCACAGCAUCCAGUAUCCUGCGCACUCACAUCCGCCAGCACUCGGGGGAGAAGCCCUUCAAAUGCAAGCACUGCGGCAAAGCCUUCGCCUCACACGCGGCCCACGACAGCCACGUGCGGCGCACACACAGCAAGGACAAGGGCUGCACGUGCUCCGUGUGCGGCCAGCACUUCCCUGAGCAGGAGGAUUACAACUUCCACAUGAAGAUUCAUGCUGCUCAUUAA